UCGCGAGGUCUUCUCGAUGACGUCCCAAUGAGCGUUACCUGUUCAUUCUAGCCAGCGUUGCGUACGUCGUUUUUAUUUUACAAGGAUUAUUCGCUAUAGAAUUGGUGGGUUUUAGCUUGUUGUGCCACAGUUGUUCGGUCUUUGGCCUGUAACGGUUCCACUUUUGUUCUCUCCCUGAGCGGGAUCAGAGAGCAGAGAUGUAUAACGGUAUUGGGUUGACCACGCCACGAGGCAGUGGCACGAACGGCUACGUUCAGCGUAACCUGUCCAGCAUACGUGUGAAGAGGAACAGGGACGAGCGUGGAGGAGAGCGGGAUGAGAAAGACAGAGAGAGACUGGAGAGCCAGCUGAACAGACAGCCUAACGCUGAUAUCCUAGAGCACCAAAGAAAGAGACAGCUGGAGGUGAAAUGUGCCGAGCUGCAGGACAUGAUGGAGGAGCAGGGGUACUCUGCAGAGGAGAUUGAAGAAAAGGUCAACACUUUCCGUUUGAUGCUGCAAGAAAGAGAAGAACCUGCCCCUCCUUCAGCAGAGAGGCCAGUUGUGACUGAGACUCACGCACUGGCAGCUGCUAACCAGCAAAAAAAUGACCGUCUGAGAGAAGCGUUCGGUAUCAGCUCUGACUACGUUGACGGCUCAUCCUUUCAUCCUGACCGGAAGGAGAGAGAGAAGGAGAAGAGGGAGCAGGAGAGGCUGGAACGAGAGAAGCAGCAGCAGAAGUACCAGAUUAUUGAGUCUGAUAACUUGGAUUCAUCUCCGGAACGAAAAAAGAGCAGGAAGAAGAAAAAGAAAAACAAAAGCAGAGAAAGCUCUGAAAGCCCUUCACCCUCUCCUCGACGAGAGAAGAAAAAGGACAAAAAAAAGAAAAAGAAAAGAGAAGAAUCGGUGAAGAGUGACACAGAGAGUUCAUCGGAUGACAGAGAAGCAACCAAACGAAAAAGAAAAAGGAGUGACAAUGAGACUCCACCUCCCAGUAAGAGCCGAAAACGUCCGAGUGCAUCCUCUAGCCCAGCUCACAGCCCAUCCCCUCAAAGAGGGAAACCACAGAAUAAGUCAGAUUCUCGUUCAGAUGAGGGGAGGAAAGGGAGAUCCCCUGACAGAAGGCGCCGUGGUCAUAGUGAGGAUAGUCCAAAAAGGAUGGAAAUCCGAGAGAGGUCACCAAGACGCUCAAGAACACCUGAGCACAGCAGAAGAGAUAAAGGGCGUGAACGUGAAAGAGAACAAGUGCAAGAAAAACCUCAGAGAAGACGACUUGACUCCUCUUCGCCAUCUCCUCCACCAAUUCGGGACAGGCGACCACGGAGCGAAGAGAGAGAGAAACCCCCUCAGACAAGAAGACAUGACUCCUCUUCACCAUCUCCACCACGCAAGCAGCAGCGAGAGCGGCGACAACGAAGCGAAGAGAAGGACAAACCCUCUCAGCGGAAAAGACAGUCUCGUUCUCUGUCCCCCAAGCAGCAGAGAGACAAGAACCGUGGGGACAAUGAGAAAAAGAACAAAGGUCAAAUAAGACAUGACUCAUCCUCGUCCCCAUCUCCUCCUCCUUCUCCACGUAAAGACAGAACAAAAAGAGGACAGAGUGGAGAGAAAGAGAAACCCGUUUCUGACAGGGAGAAGAAGAGACAUGAGGACAGAUCGAGAGACAGACAGAGGAAUAUCGAUAGAGAUCUUCCGUCUAGUAGAAAAGAUGACAGGGGGCGGGAGAGUGAUAAAGGGAAGGAGCGAGACAGAAACCGAUCUAGUGACUCAAUGUCUCCUGCUAAGCAUUCACCUUAUGCCAACGGAAGGCAAAAAGAACGAGAGCAUGAACUGGAGAAGGAACGAGAAGAACAGCGAGAGAACAACAGAAGACGGGAAGAGGAGAUGAAAGAAGAAGCUUUGAGAAAAGCCAGAGAGAGUGACAGAGAAAAGGAGAGAAACCGCACGAGAAGAGAAGAAGUGUCUCGAUCAGAUAGGAAGUCUUCCUCUAGCGGUCUGCUUGAGGACAGACGAGGUGCCAGAGGAAGUGAGACGGAACAAGAGGUGGCCAAGAAAGACAGGAGAAUAGAGAAGAGUCCUCAAGACCAAAAGAAAGACAAGCAGAUGCAAAAGGAAAAGCCUGGUAAGAAAGGCAAACUGAAAGCUGCAAGCAGCAGCAGCAGCAGCAGCAGCAGUAGUAGUAGUAGUAGUAGCAGCAGCAGCAGCAGCAGUGAAAGUGACAGUGACAGCUCCUCCUCGUCAUCUUCGUCUUCCUCUUCUUCAUCAUCUUCAUCCUCAGAAGAUGAAAAGAAUAAAAGUGCAAAAGACAACAGUGCUGCUGGUCGGUCAGUUUCUAACGCUGUCAUAGCUCAGGCUAUUGCACGCAGAGAGAAGGAGAACCGAGGAAGGAAUGCAGAGAAUGAUGAAGGGAAAAAGACAUACCCUCCCACACAAAGACAGAGCUCACCCCCCGAGUCCCAGAGAAAAAGGGAUGAUGCUGAUAAAAGACAGCGAGAUGUGGAGAGAGAGCGAAGACCUGGCCACUCCUCGUCUCCUUCCAUGGGAUCUAAAGAUCAGGAGCGUGGAAAAGAGAGGUACACUCCCACUGAGAGUUCAAGCCCACCUCCCUCGCCCCCCCAGAGAGGCCGUGACAGGUACACCCCUUCAGAAGAAACCAAAUCUCGGAGCAGAGAUCGAGGAGGCGAGCGAUAUAGCCCAUCAGAGCUGGAAAGAGAGUCUUCACUUCCCUCGCCUGGCAGAGGACGAGACCGACAGAGUGACCGAAAAAAAGAUGCGUCACCUUUGUCUCCGAGGGGGAAAGGAAGGAACGACGUGCCACAGGUCAAACAGAUGGCUUCUCGACCUUCACCAAAACGCACUCCACCUCGACAGUACCAGGACCCACAGCGCUCACGAUCUCCCAGCCCGAGACGAGGAGCGAGGAGACCUUCACCUUUACGAAACUCAUCCCCUUACCGACGAGACCGCAGCCGGGAGCGCCUCAGAGAGCGAGAGAGAGACAGAUUCAGGGCAAGACCAGUGAACAGAGACCGGGAGCGUUCCAGGGAGAGAAGAACAAGGAGCAGCAGAUCUAGGAGUCCCCGAAGACCAAGUCCUCUCUACAGGUCUCGUCGUUCACCCUCUCCUCUGCGCCGGCGCAGAAGUCGCUCACUAUCAAGAGAAAGAGAAAGGGAGAGAGAGCAGGAGAGGAGGAAGAAUCGAGAGCGAGAAAGGCAGCGAGAACAGGAGAAAGAAAGAGAAAGAGAGCGAGAACAAAGAACGAGGGUGCCACCCAAAGAUCCCACUCCUCCACACCGGUCUUCAUCGUCCUCUUCCUCCAGUUCAUCCUCUUCAGCCUCGCCAUCUCCUCAAAGACAGAUGAAGGGUGUGAAGUCUACAGAUGCAGAGAUUGACAGAACAAGGGAAAUUGAUGGACAGAAAAAAAAUAAGCAAUCAGAAAGGAACUUAAAAAUUCCAUCUCCUAAAGACACCCAUCUCCAUUCCAACCAAUCGCAUCAGCGCUCUCGCUCCCGUGAACCACCUGUCCGUUCUAGAUCACCAGUGACCAACCAGUCACAAAGCAGGGAUCCACCUGGUGAACGAUUAAGAGGCCAGUCCCCCUCAUCUGUCCAUGAGCGGCACCACGGACCACCAGCGAGAGGAAAGACUGCCGUGAAUGGGAAACCAGAGAAGGAGACCUCAGGCCAACAGCAGAAGAGAAGCAGCUCAAGCUCUUCAUCUUCCUCAUCAUCUUCCUUCUCCUCAUCAUCAUCUUCAUCUUCCUCAUCUGAUAGCUCAGACUCUGAGACAGAGAAAGCCAAAGGGGGUGUUAAAGCAAGUGCAAAUAAAGAAGCUGUCAAGAAAGCCAAAAGCCGAGCUUCAUCAUCAUCCUCAUCAGAAAGUGAAAAAGAUCAGACAAAAAGUCCUCCACGGCCCAAGAGAGUGCCAGCUGACUCACUGAGAGACUCUAGGUCACUCAGUUACUCCCCUCCAGCGAGGCAACGAAGACCUGCACAUUCUCCACCGUCACGACGCACCGCAAGCAGGAAGUCGAGAAGCAGAUCUCCAGACAGUCGAAGGAGGAAAUAAUUGAACCUUUUUUUUGUUUUCUGGACUCUUAUCUGACCCUCACUGAACUGAAUCAUCUCUGUAUCACAUGGAGACUGGAAAUGUGACUAGUUUUAAUGGUGGUAUUUUCACCAUUAGUAGAGGAAGGUCUCUCAAAACCUGGUUCUUUGUAACUCGUCCCAAAAGGGAGGAUUUAUUUUUACUUUUAUUAUGGUGUAAUUAAUGUUUAAGAACAGGCCAGCUGAGACACUGAUGCUCUCAUCAACUAUCGCUCUGUGCCAACAGAGGCUGGACACACACACACAUGCACGCACGCACACACACAAAAUCACAAGUGUCUGGUGGUUUCUGCCUGUCUGCUACAUUGUUCUGAAUGUAGAUGAACAUCUGUAAUUUGGUGAUCAGAAUGAACUAUAUUCUGUUCCUGCGUAUGUGGACAGAGUAUGUUCCUUUUUGUUUAUUUGUGGAAAAAAAAAAAAGAAAAAUAAAAUGGCAGUAGAA